AUGGAAGCGAAUCAAAUUCUCUACAUGAAUGGAGGAGAUGGAGAAACAAGCUAUGCCAAAAAUUCUUUAAUUCAGAAAGAGGUGAUACUCAAGGCAAAGUCAAUAUUAGAAGAAAGCGUAGUACGGCUCUCUCUAAGCAGUUUCCCCAAGUGUGUAAAACUAGCAGAUUUGGGAUGUUCAUCAGGACCCAACACGCUGUCGUUGGUUUGGGAGAUUAUGGACAUCAUCUAUGCAACAUGCCAACGGGUUAAUCACAAGGCACCCAUGUUCCAAGUGUUCCUUAAUGAUCUUCCGGGCAAUGAUUUCAAUACCAUAUUCAGGUCUCUGCCGAGUUUUUAUGAGAAACUAAAGAAAGAGAAGGGAAGUGAGUUUGAGCCUUGUUUCAUCGCAGGAAUGCCUGGAACUUUCUAUGGGAGGCUCUUUCCCGACUGUUUUCUUCAUUUUGUUUACUCUUCUAACAGUCUUCAAUGGCGUUCCCAGGUCCCUGAAGGGCUUGUAGGGGAAUCAGGGGUUCCAUUAAACAAGGGUAAUAUUCACAUAGCAAAGACAAGCCCCCAUCAUGUGCUUAAAGCCUACUCGGAUCUUUUUGAGAAAGACUUUACAUUAUUUUUAAGAUCACGUUCGCAAGAGAUGGUCCCUGGUGGUCAGAUGGUCCUUGUGAUGUUAGGUAGUACCAGGAAAGCUGAUUCUUCUAGCAACCAAAGCUGCUCCAUCUGGGAGUUAUUAGGUUUCGCUCUAAAUGACAUGGUCCUAGAGGGAAAAGUUGAAGAGGCGAAAUUGGACUGGUUCAAUCUGCCAUUUUAUGCACCUACCAUAGAGGAAGCUAAGGCCGUGAUCCAAACAGAAGGAACCAGCUUCAACAUUCAUCGAUUUGAAACAUUUGAAGUGGCCUGGGAUUGUAACAUGGAUGAAUACAUGAGUAACAAAGGGUAUAGUUUUGAGGAAGCCGGUAGAGGAAAGUAUGUGGCCAUGACUAUGAGGGUGGUUGCAGAAUCGAUGCUGGUGGGUCAUUUUGGAGAAGAGAUCAUGGAUGAUUUGUUUGAAAGAUUUUCCAGUAAGAUAGAAGAAUAUUUGGAGGUUGAGGAAGCCAAGCACACGAUUAUCACCAUUUCCAUGACGAAGAAUGUUUAA